CUCUGGCAGAUACCAGGUCUGUCCUUAAAACUCUAUCUUUGCAUGCACGAUUAUACCCACAGGUAAUAGGAAACUAGGGUUUCAAGAGAAAACCUGAUCCCAUUGCUAGAUAAUAGCAGUUUCCUAAAUAAAUGUGUGGUUGCCUCGAGGCUUGAGGUUGUUGCCAGAUGCACCUUUUUUUGAUUGGUGAGAACAGGAGAUGACGCUUCAUGGUAUAUAAGAGCAAGAGAAAGCAGAGGAGCACAGAUAAGCAGAGCAAGCCAGUCACCUGGAAAGAAGAGUUGAGAAGGUGUUAAAGCAGCUGCUUGCAAUGGCAUUUGGAAUGCUAAUCUAUAUUUUGCUGAAAGUAAACAUCUAUUUGCAUUAUACAGCAAUGGGGGCACUGAGUGAAGAGUCUGCUUUUACCGUUUCAUCCCUCAGUGCAGAAUUAUGGAAUAACUGGACGAAAAACAACACUGAAGUAGACUACACAGAGCAGCCGAGGCUCUUGAAGCUUAUGCAAGCCUGUCUUGAGGAGCACCACAGCUAUUGUAUUAACGGGCUCUGUGCUUUUCACAGUGAACUGAGGAAGCCCAUAUGCAAGUGCCUUGCAGGCUAUAAUGGAGAGAGGUGUGAACACCUAACACUAAAUUCCUAUGCACAUAAUUCUUAUGAACGCUACAUUGCUGUGGGAAUUGGUAUAGGAAUACUGACCAGUGGGAUACUUGCUAUCAUCUACUGCUACGUAAGAAAGAGAUGCAGAAAGUUGAAAUCGCCUUACAAAGUUUGCAUGGGUGAGACCGCGCUCUGAAGACCUGGAACUGGGACACUUACCAGCUUACCUGUAAACUAGAGAAGAUUCU